GCGUUCCUUAAGCUCACCGAGUACUUGGUCACCAGGGCGAAAGAUAUCGCUGACGAGGAUGAGUUGGUCUCGUUGUAUGUUUAUUGACUUAUUUGGGCCGGAGUCCAAUUUUCAUACCGGCCUGAUCCAAAGGAACCCGGUGGCUACCGAGGAUGGUGUAGGGUCGGGUGAGGAGGAGGAUUUGGAGGAUGAUUCGCUGACCUUAACGGAGGAGGAAAAAGCGUACCAUGCUAAGCUACUGGAGGAGGGUAGGUUGGAUAGGGUGAAGGCGAUCGCGGCUAACCAGAAAACCUGCGUCAACAAGUACGUACGCAAUGCCUUCCUCCCCACAGUCCCGUCGAGAUGGGUAGAGGCCCAGUCUAGGUCCGUGGAUGACAAGCUUUGGGACCUGUACACGUUCAAUUAUGUAGCCCCGAUCCAUGCUGACUCGUAUCGGUUUCUAGCAUCUCUCACGGGGGAGAAAAUGAAAAAAUGCAGGGAGAAGGCCCUUACAGAGAACACCGAGUUGAUUAAGGGGAAUUACCCGCUCACCCCGGAUGCAAUAAAGCUCCCGGUCAUUGGGGGUUUUGACCGUACUAAGUGUGGUGUAUCUGCGUCGGCACUUGCAGUGAGAGGUUUUCUGGGACCGAAGGUGCAGACGGUGAUUGUGGAAUUGAAACGCAUCUGGAAUGUGGGCUGCCCGUACCUGAAGUGCCAGUGUGUGGCAGAGGGAAAGGGGGAUUGCGGGAAGAACAUCUCUUGGUUCGAUCAUGUUUUCUGGUACCUCCUCUCUGACCUUUUCUACCUUUUCCCGGAGGCUUCGUCCCUCAGGGCUCGCGCUCGUGCUUUCAGGGUCAGAGCGAGGUCCAUAUGGCGGGCUGUCGUCUUGUCCAUGGUAGUGUUCACACACAUGAGGGAUGUGAUGGUGAAAAUGGCGUUCAGUGUCACUAUGGAUCCUUCCAGGACUGCGCAGGACAUCAUUGAUGAUCCGGCCAUCAUGCUCCACAAAUUCCCCCGGACCAUGGCGAAGCUCAUCCUUCCUGCACGUUACGUCCGCACAGCCCAGAAGAGGGCUCUGGAAGCCGCCCCUGCAUCAUCGGCCAAGAAAGCAAGGACGGCGCAGCAGUCUAUCUUGGAGUUCUAUGUCCCCCCUUCUCGUGCUGGGACCUCUGUGUCUUCGCAGGAUCAGUCUGCGCCAUCUUCUGCCAGCACCCCCCCAUCCUCCUCCAUCAUUGUCCAGGAGGAUGGGCAGGCGUCUGCAUGCAACAGACCUUUGCGAAGGAGUCCGAGGGGUCUGGGCUUAGUUAGGGCAUCGCUGUUUAAGAACUGACUGAUGUGGGUGGUUUCUUUCGUUUCGUUUUGCACGAUGUCGAAGAACCUGGGGAUUCAUGUUUCGUGAUCCCUCGGGCCGUUGCAAAUGGCAGAA